AUGAAUAAUAUGCAAAAGAAAUGUCAUGGGAAAAAUUAAAUCAUUUUUCUCGGCUGAUGAUACGAAUCACCUAAAGAAGAAAGGCUACACCGUCCUUGGCGACUUGGGCGAGGGCACUUAUUCGAAAGUAAAGCAAGCAUCAUGGGUCAAACCGGGAGACACGAGUCAGGUGAAAGUGGCGCUAAAGAUAAUUAACAAGAAAACAGCCCCAAAAGAUUUUUUGGAGAAAUUUCUUCCGCGUGAAAUCGAAGUUAUGAAAAAGUUAAAGCAUCCGAACCUAAUACGACUUUAUGAAUUGUUUCAAAUAUCAAGUAAACUGUAUUUUACUCUGGAGUGGGGCGGACACGGCGACCUACUGCAAUACAUUCGGCUACGAGGGCCGUUGAAAGAUUCAGAAAGUCACAAAUUCUUCACUGAGAUGUGCACUGGUGUAGAAUACAUGCACCAGGUUGGUGUUGUACACAGAGACCUUAAAUGCGAAAAUGUGUUGCUGAGCAAGAAAAACUCGAUCAAAAUAGCGGAUUUCGGCUUUGCAAGAGAGAUUGGUCCGAACGAAAACAGCAAAACGUAUUGUGGCAGUGCGGCGUAUGCGGCACCGGAGCUUUUGCAAGGUAUACCUUAUAAAGGGACGAUUGCUGAUAUAUGGAGCUUGGGUGUGAUACUGUACAUUAUGUGUUGCUCGUCAAUGCCUUUUCGUGAUGCCAACAUUAAAACUCUGAUCAAAGACCAAAAAGAUACACUGCAUAUACCUAGUAGCGUUGCGGGAACACUGAACUCUAGUUUGAAAGAUUUAAUGAAAAAAAUCAUGCGCUUUGACCUGAACAGCCGUUUCAUGAUGCCACAUAUUAAAUCGCAUGCUUGGUUCAUUGGAAAGAAGACAGGAGACGAACACACGGCAGAAUCAAGUAAAGGACCCAUAAAAGUGUCAAGCACAUCAAAAAGCAAGUGACAAUAGAAACAACAUAUCUUGCCAACUGGAUCGAAAAUCGACAGCAAGAUA